UAGGAACCAGCCAAGUCACCCGUGUUGAAAACCCCAGGAAACGGGCACUUCUGAGAAGUCAGACUCCCCCGGGAAGGCGGGGCCGGCGCAGCCCCAGCAGCUGCAGCCACACGGCUCAGGCCUCUGCCUCAGGACGCGUCCACCUUCUUCACCUGGGACCCCACCUGCUCCCCAAACCGGAGAUGUUCAAGGAGGAAUACGAGGUGAACAACCUGGGGUCUCCCCAGAACCCAGGGCCGGAGAUGUUCAAGGAGGAACACAAGGUGUCUGUGCUGGGGGCUCCCCAGAACUCAGGGCCCGUGAUGUCCACCGUGGUCCACGUCCAGGAUGAGCCCGGGGUGCCCGACCACAUCGUCUGGUCCCUGUUCAACACCCUCUACUUCAACAUAUGCUGCCUGGGCUUCGUGGCGUUCGCCUACUCCGUGAAGUCUAGGGACCGGAAGAUGGUGGGAGACGUGAUUGGGGCCCAGAGCCAUGCGGCCACCGCCAAGUGCCUGAACAUCUGGGCGCUGACCGUUGGCCUUGCUGUGUUGGUCAUUUUCUUCAUUCGUUUCAUCAUUAUACCUGCUUCGUACAAUUCCCUGUAAAUGUGACGCCAGAGUUAGGGAGGCCACUGGUACUCGCCCGGAGCGGACACUGUCGCGUGUUCCCGGCUGUGUCUAUGCCCGUGUCUACGAUGGAGCUCAAUAAAGCGGGUGUAGGUGA